AUGACAUCCUUUGUUCGUCAUAUGUUUCGCUCAAAGAAAAGCUCAUCGAAUAAAGAAAAUGAUGCGGGCAAACGCUCAACUCUCAACCGAACAUAUCAAGGAGAUUUGGAAAGAAUUGGAGAGAAUUCCCUGCUUUCCGAGCCACAAAGAAGACAUUUAGAGUUACUCCCUUCAAACCCGUAUUCAAUUGUAACUGAACCAAAGAAAAAUCGUGGACCUCGAUCAUGUCCAGGCGGAGUACAACGAGCAGAAAUCGAUCAUCGACCGCUGAGACAUACCCAACCGCGUCCAGACAUGAAUCAAUCAUAUCGAGCCAGUUCUUCGAUGUCAAAUCGGCGCGGAGAGAAAUUUCGUUAUGGAGUUGAGGAACUUUUUGAAUGGGAUGAUCCACCAAGAGAUGCACGAGAUGAGAAGAUUGCAAGGUUACAAGAGAAACUCUCACGGAGUAAGAUUCGCGAGUUGAGACUUCAAGAUGAGGUCACGCGUUUAGCUGAUGAGUUGCAGGAUGCGAAAGCGGAAGAAAUGGAGGCGAGAGAUGACGCUGAACAUUACAAGCACAAAUUCAAAAAACUUCAAAUGCAACGGGAAGUUGAUCGAAAAAUGCUUCACAAGAUUAGCGCUGAAUUGCAGAGAGCACAGAGGAGAGUGUUGGAUCUUGAAGCUGAUUCGGGCAAUGAUUCAGCUCUUCUAUCCCAUCAGAACAAUCUCGGGAAAACAAGGAUCGAAAGCGGAGCUGGAGAGGCGUUGUGCAGACUGAAUGAACCAUUGUAUGAGAAUGAGAAGAGAAUCAACAAUUCACAAAUCAGCCGUCAACCAUCUGGACAUACAAAUACGGAAGAUGAGGAUGAGGUUCGAAUCUUUCGCCGAGAUGAGAGCAGUGAUGAAACGGAAAAACCAAGAGAGUUCAGGAAUUCAAACGAUUUAAAGCUGAGUCGUCAGAAUACGAAUGUCACUUUGAAUGAGCUGCCGAUCGGUUGUUCCUCAUCAGAAACGGAUCUUUCUUCAUCAGAUCGUCUAAACGGCAACGAUUUUGAAGCAUCUUUUCAUCAACAAUUAAAAAUGCCAACCUCAUCAACGCCACAUCGUCGUCGACUCACCAAUGAGCCAUUUAUAACACCCUUCGAGGAGAAUAUGACGGCAAGCAGUGAUGAGGAGAGAUACGCUUUCUUGGAGAGGCAGCUGAGGAGGAAAGGAGAGGUCGUUCGCUACAAUCCUCCCCGACAACAGCUCAGUCAGCGUCAUUUUCGGAGAAAAUUCAGUCAACCGGAACGCGAAGCACUUUUGGAGUUCAAAUAUUUGAUGGAUAUGAGCACUGAUGUUUCUGGAUUAAUCAGCAGUCCUGAAGCUCGAUCA